AUGGGUAAUGAUGACCUGCUAGAGCAAGUUAAGACAAGUGCUCAUCAGUCAACUAGCUAUGGAUCUAUUCCUCAUACUAAGGAUAGUUCAUCAUUGUGUGAGUACAUUACUGAUCCUAGCCACUGGCCUUUUCACGGUAUUUCUCUGUUAAUGGUUUCAUUUAUUUAUUUCUCUUCUUACGUUUGUGUUGAGAGUCAGGGUGGCCUUGAGGUUCCAAUCAUUAAAGUAAUGAACAUUGACACCACAAGGUACAGUUUGCUGCUGGUUGCCUUCAGCUCUCCUAAUGUUCUAUUCUGUCUUGUUGGUGGGGUAAUAGUUGAUAGAGCAUUAGGACAUAAACUUAGUUUAAUUUUAGUUGUAGCAAUGACUGGAGUGGGUCAGUUUUUAAUGGGGUUGGGUGCAUUCCUUGAUCACUUCUGGUUAAUGAUUGUUGGUAGAAUGUUCAUUGGAGUUGGCAAUGAAAUGACUGAUGUGGUUUCUGUUGCUCUUGCUUCAAAGAAACAAAAUGCUACAUUCCGAAUGUCUCUAUACUACACAGCUGCUAAACUCGGGGGAUCCAGUUCACUUGCAGUUUCUCAGUAUAUUUAUGAGCAACUGAGAUUCAUUGAAAACCCAAGCUAUCGUCUGGGAAGCACACUGCUUGUUGGAGUAAUGCUAAUGAUGAUGGCUUUUGUAAUUUCUAUAAUACUCUUCUUUUUGGACAUGAAAGAAGAGAAAGUGAUCAAAAGAGAGAGACAGAAGAUCUCAAUGAUACGCUGGAAUGAAAUUAAAAACUUUCCAAUGUCAUUUUGGAUCUGUGUAGCAGAAGUUAGUAUAUUUUGUGGAGGAGUGAUAGUCUUUACAGCAAUAGGACAGGAUUUCUAUACAAAGAAGUACAGUCUGACUCCAUUUGAAUCAGGAGCAGCAAACUCUCUUGUCUUCUUAGCUACUAUAGCUGUAGCUCCAAUCAUAGGGUGCCUCAUAAACAGGCUUGGUAGGCACUCAUUCUGUUCUGUAGUAGGCAUGCUGGCUGCACUCUCUGCUCAUCUCACUAUACUCUGUAGCUCCAAUUCAUUCUACAUCCCCUACUUGGCCAGCACUGUCUAUUCUGUAUCAUAUGCACUUAUAAUGCCUUCACUGUACACCAUACCUUGUCUACUUAUUCAACCAAAUAAAAUGGCAACUGCUUAUGGUUUCAUUCACAGCGGAAUCAAUCUGUAUGUUGCUGUCAUGUCAGUAAUAUCAGGUAUACUCAUCGAUAAAUCUGGAUACUUCCUGUUAGAGACUGUAUUCUCACUCUUUAUGUAUUUUAAUAUCAUAGUGUCAAUCAUUCUGUCAUUUUAUUUGACAAAAAGAGUUUAA